CAUUUAGCAAAAGCAUAUUCUUUAUCCUGGGUAUAUGAAGAUCUUGUAGCAUUUCCUCAGUAUAAAAUCAUUCUUUCUAAUAAACAAAUCCCGAAUAGUAGUCUUGAAAAUUUUGUAUUUGACGAAGUACAAUCGGUUAUUCCCUCUGUAUCUAAGGAUAAUUCGAAGGAUGGUGCUGAAUCUAAAUCAACACCAAUAUUAAUGCGUUCAGCUUCUGGACAACCUUAUCUCUGUCAGAUACCAUUCGUUGUCAACCAAACCGCUGUAGAAGAAAAUAAGCAAGAAGAAAAGAGAGACGAUGUUGACCUUAUGAAGAAAGGCCUUGCGCUUUUAGAACCUAUGAAAUCUACUUAUAUUUUGGGAAAAUACAAUUUUCGUUUUGCCUCGUUACCACCUUCGAAUAAGGAUAGUAAUGAUAAGAAAAAUUCCUUUGGUACAGAUUUGCAGGUUGGCAGUGGUAAAAAAUAUUUGGUUCAACGUUGGGGUGGCGGGUCUACAUGUGACUUGACAGGUAAACCUAGACAAGUUGAAAUACAAGAAAAGUAUGAACGUAGUAUGGCGAAAGAACCAAAGAGUUUGGAAAGCAGUCCUCAAGAAAUGGAGUCGAGGUACAGUGUCCGUCCACGUUUACCUAC